AAAGUCCGAUCCGUGAUCAGGCUCCGUUACGCGUGAGCGCGCAGGUCCAAAUGUGCGUGCGUGCGUGCGUGAGCGCAGAGUGUGUUCUUUCAGUGCUAACAGUCUUAUGCAAGCCGCCCUACACAGAGCCACGAUGUCCGACGCUGCUGCUCCAGCAGACAACAACGGGGAGCCUGGGUUAAACGGGUCAUGGGUAGAGCUUGAGAUGAACAGAAACGCCGCAUCUCUCUCUUCCUCCGUUGCCUCAGUGCCGCCCCCUUUAGCCCAGGUAGUAGAGGAGGAUGAUGGGAUGGUGGGGGGCCUGGAACACGUUCCCUCAUCAUCUUCCAUCCACAAUGGAGACAUGGAAAAAAUCCUGCUAGAUGCCCAGCACGAAUCCAGUCGCAGUAACUCCUCAUGUGACAGCCCUCCUCGACCUCACAGUCCUCAGGAUGAAGGCCAGAUCAUUUUCGACGUGGACAUGAGGAGGGACAGUCAGGAGGAAAUCAUGGAGAAGAUCAGAGAUGACGACAUCUUAAUGAAGGAUUCAGACCGGGUCGCAGACUGGUCAAGUAGACCAGAGAAUAUUCCGCCUAAGGAGUUUCAUUUCCGGCACCCGCGGCGUUCAGUGACUCUCAGCAUGAGGAAGACAGGAGCCAUGAAAAAAGGAGGCAUCUUCUCUGCUGAGUUCCUCAAAGUGUUUAUACCCUCGCUGCUUCUGUCCCACAUCCUGGUCCUGGGUCUCGGGGUCUAUAUUGGGAAAAGACUGACAACUCCCACUGCAAGCUCCAUUUGAACACAGAUCUGAUCAAGUGCCUCAGGCAUGGCCCAGGAGGAUUAGGGAGAAGGUUGCAGUUUGUACGAAGAAGCCCCCUGCUGCCCCUUUCUACCCCUUUUAGUCUUUUCAGUAACAUUUCUUCCUUUUAUAGUAAUUCCUUCAAUUAGCCUUUCCAUUUUGAGAAGCAGAAGUGAUAAACUUUUCAUUUCAGGCCUUUUUCUUUCUCGUUUACCAUUUUCUGUAGCCCUUUUCCAGUUGUGAAUGUUCUAACACACCCUUAGUAGUACUAUUUCAUUUUGUAAGUAUUUGGAGCAUUGUAUGAAACCAAAUGCGCACAUGCUUGCUCCACACUUGCUCAAUUCAACUAGGAGGCAAAAAACAUCCCGUUUUGGUCCAAGCACAAAGUUUUCACCCUCAAAAUGGAAUCAACCAAAAUAUAUGACUUAUUGAAGUUAUACGAACAUGCUAGCUAAGAUUUUAUUUAUUAUUAUAAAUGCUACCAAUUUAGUUAUUUUAUUGACUUCAAGGGCGGAACGCCGGGAUGAUGAAUUGGAAGUGUUUUGGGAAGGAUAGGGCUCUCCGUAGACCCCAAACUCAUUUGGUGAGGAUGGAAAAUUUAAUAACUCAGACAUUAUAUACGUUUAUGACUGUAUCACAUGCAAUUUUAUACCAAGUUUUACAUAGUCUUUUACACAACCCUGACAGACACACCUGUUACAUUUUGAUUUUUUUUAUAUAUUUCAUCUCAUGAAUACAGAUAAAAACCAGUCUGAUGGGGCUGACGGAUCCCUGUAUGAGAAAAAAAAGCUUUUAUUUUAUCUGUGUUUGUUGUGUCGUUUUGUUAGUUUCCUUCACAUACAUAUCAGGACCUAGUGAUUUCUUACUAGGCUUCUACAACAUAGCCUACUUUGCAAUACCGCACAAUUUACCAUUAGCAUUCAAAGCUGAGAGGAUCUUGCUAACAAGGACAACGGCUUCAGUGUUUUGCCAUGCUAUCAUAGCUGUAUCAGACUUUCUGGAAUUUUCUUGUACACUCUCAUACUUCUCAGUCUCGUUCUGAUUUCUAGCAUUUCCAUGCUGUUUGCUUGAGGACAAACAAAGUUUUCUUCAAUUUAUAGUAAUCGCUCAUUCUGUCAUUAUUUACUCAACUUCAUGUUUUUUCAAACUUAUAUGAUUUUCUUUUAUCUGUGGGACUCAAAAGAAGAAGCUUUGAACAAUGUCCAUGCUGCUCUUUUCCAUACAAUGGAAGCUAAUAGAGAUAAACUGGAAAAGAGCUGCUUGGGUUUCUUUAAAAUAUCUCCAAAAGGUUGAAUAAUGAUGGCAGAAUUUGAAUUAUUGUGUGAGCUACUAUUCAAGCACACUUACACAGUCACAGUCACACACAUUUAGUGAACACUAACACUCCAGCACCACAGGUGACUGUGUUAUCCUGGUCAUGAACAUCCAUCUUUGGGAACAGGGUUUAAUUUAGGGUGAACUAUCUCCAAGUCUAGCUGUGUUUUUGUCUCUUUUUAAGUGUUUUUUGGAUGUGUGAACACGUCUCCUUUAGUCUAUCUGAGGAUCUACUUCUCCUCGAACACAGCUGCCAAAACCAACCGAGAGCUCGCCUCUCAUGAACUUUGUGCCUCGUGUCCAUCAUCAUGUUUGAUACGGCGUCCUGUCAUCGUUUGUUGUUGUUGUUGUUGUUGUUGUUGUUGUUUUGCACCUUUUUCUUGGUGUACAUAAGUUUUGGAUGGUUUCUCAUAUGCUUUGUUUGGAUUUUUUUAAGUCUUGAACAAUCAAGGCAAACUAGAAGAGAAGGUACAUGAUAGGCAAAGGUUUUAGUUCUUUUAUUUGUAUUGGAGAUACUUUCUUCAGACUGCAAUGCAAUGAUAAAAUGAAUUGUAAGUUUAUUGAUUUGAUUUUUUUUUUCCCUCCCUUGUUGGACAAUGACAAAGUUUUCAAAUUAAAAAUUUAAAGAACAAUCUGCAUUUUUUGUUUGUGUCCCUUUGCCGGCAGACACUCUUUUCUCUGUUUGUGGACAUUUCCCAUCUCCUCAAUAUUUAUCAAAUAUAUCUGCUCAAAAUAUAUUCAAGAACCAUGAAUUUUAAUCCUGUUUAUUAAUGGAAUUUUGUUAAUUUUACCUAAAAAAAAAUAAUAAUAAAAAGAAACACUUCUGUAGUGCAGCAUUAGCAGUUUCAUGCGUUUUUUUUUUGUUUUUGUUUUUUUUUGUCAAUUUUAUUUAUUAUUUUAAUAAAAAUACACUUUUAUUGUCCUAAGUCAAGCAUCACUAUGACUGUUGCUCAGUGUCUAAUUGUUUUUUUUAACUUAAAGCUUUUACUUAUAAUGCAUUAUAAAAGUAGUUUUAAUGCAUUAAUUAUGCCUUGUAAUACACCUUAUAAUGCAUUAUAAUAAUUGUAACCACGUUACACUUUUUUAUCAAUUCAUUGUUCCACUAAGCAUUUUAAAUUUGGUUAUAAUUACUUACAACAAGAUAUAAUGUAUUACAAAGCACAUUACGAAUAAUUCUAAUGCAUUUAAUAACCCUUUAUAAUGCAUUAUACAUGAAGGCUUUAAGUAAAGUGUUACCUUUUUUUUUUAGCCAGUGUAACCAUCCAGCAAUACUAGCAACCACUCAGAACACAGAAUUAGCUUAUAUUAGAUCUCCAGAGCUGGGAACGCCUAGGAAUUCGACCUGGGGUCAGAUCUUCUCUGGCUGUAUACAGUUCACACACCGAGCCUGUUGUUGAAACUUCUGUGAGAUGAUUACUUUGGAUCCAGACUGCACCAGAGACAGAUAGAGUGACAUCAACCAUUUGUCAUAAUACACACAGCUCCCAGUUAUUAUGAUCUCACUACAUUCCUCCCAUUAGUGUGCCUUAAUUUCUCAUUGACAUGUGAGGGUUAACCAUCCCAGGCUCCUCCUAAACAUGAAUUCGGACCAUUCUGGCAACUCUCCGGCCCACUUUACAUCUGACUCAUGUUUCUUGUACAAAUUCAUGCCUUCAUCCUAACUGAGAAUAUGAAAUGCCUGUCAUAUUUGUGCUCUGUCAUUGUUUCUAUCUGAGAUCCUUUCAAUUUUUCAGUCUCUUGCUUAAACUCCUUAUGGUAAAUCACUGAGAGUUGAAUGAGCACCACAGUGCCAUUUAUGAAGGCCAAUUAUAUGAUAUCUGUGGCUGAAAUGCUUCAUCUGUCCUUUGAUUGGUUUUACAGCAACGUGCAGAAAAGCUAUUACUAUUGAAUCCAUUUCAUCCAUUGAUUUUGCUGCACAAAUUCAUUUGCGCUAUAUCCUCGAGGGGCGCUCCGCGAAUUUACCCAGAGCUAAGAGGCUAAAACCAAUUUUACCGACACUAAAACGCCUAAAUUGCCUUUGUGAGUUCACCUGGUUUUAAUUAAAUUAAAAAUAAACCAGUUUGCAUGGCGUUAGCAGUCUAAAGCGAUACUCGACUGCCCUCUAGUAGCGCAGAUGGGAAAUUUAGGGUGUGCUUCAUUCUGAUUGGACACGAUUGGGUGAGAAACGACAUCAUCUGUUCUCCAAAACGUUGUGGUGUCUGUUUAUGGAUACAGUUGCCUACAACUACACAUCCUUUUUUUUUUUUUUUUUUUCCCACAGUUUGGUCUCUCAACAGUCUUAAAUAGCAUUGCAGAAGCCAAAUGGUUGAUGAGUCAGCAGUUGCUGCAACCUGCAGGGCGUUUUCAUAUUGAGUACAGAUGCAAAUCAGAUCAGAAUACAGUGGAUCGGUAUGAAUCUUAACGUUGUUUUGACAUGAUUAAUUGCAUCUUAUUUUAUCUAGCCUAAGUGUGCCAUAUUCACACAGCUAUACACCAAUCAAAAGUAUUCGUGAAUCGUCACAUGUAGCGACUUUGUAUGUAAAUGUAAGCUUUUAUUUAUUUAUUUAUUUUAGAUUUUUUUAAAAUAAUUAUGCCCUUCAAAUUAUAGGUAAUAAAACUGGAGUUCCUGUGAGUUCUAUAUUCUACCGCAUAGGCUGUAGUGGGAGGAGCUGUGAUUGAAUUCCCUGUCUUGUGAUUGGCUGAAACAGGUGUUCUGAGGUUCCGUAGUCAAUGAUGACUGAAGUAUGCAUGCUUGUGUGUGCAUGUGUGUUGUGCUCCAAAACAAGACCAGUAUCUAAGCCACAUAAUGACUUCGGUUAACCAGAGAAGUGGUUUGGAAAUGUCUGUUAAGUUCUCUCUUUGCAGCAUCAGUUUUAUGUAUGCAAGUCUGAGAAAUUAAUGAAACGGGCUUAUCUUUUGUUCCUUUUGUGGCACAAACUGUCUUUCUCACUUUCUCCCCCUCAGUCCAACAGCCUGCAGCGACAGUAGCUAAAGAAGGAACUCUUUUGAGCGGGUAAGGGCGCAUGUUGUUGUUAUGGAAACUGGGCUUUUGGUGCUAUUAUUGUGAGGCUGCUUUUUGGAGACGCAAACAGAAUGGCGAGUCUCUAGUGAGUGACUCUCCAUCGAAAUGUUCCACCGCCCAAUAUUUGUUUAUAAGCAUACGUAGCAAACAAUGCCAAAUGAAAAAAAUAAAAAUAAAAACCGAAUUCCAUACUCAUUUUCAGAAUAGAUCAAUUAGGCUACUCAGCGAAUGACUCAUGUGUUUUGGUUCUUUUUAAUUUAAUCUCUUUAAUGGUUCUUCUUUUUAAUGUAUCGUCCAGAUCGAAUGACUUAUGUGAUUUGGUUCUUUUUAAUGACUCUUUUAAAUGUCUCGUUCUGAAAACGAAUGAUGUCAGGCAGACUCCCGAGCUAAUGAAUCUUAUGAUUAAGAUAUUUCCAGUAAUUCAAAACAUAUAGCUACAACGUGACCAGUAUUCCGAUUUCUGUACGAUUGACUACGAGACGGUUCUUUUUACCAACGCAAAAAAAAAAAAAAAACAUAA